UAGGGUUUAACCCAAUCGUACCCUUUUCGCCACCGCGUUAGCUAAUGUUGACAGCUCUCCGAUCUCGUUGUUCGUCUCGUCUUCUAGAUCAAUCAUGGAAGCUAGGUUUAACAACUCCCAAUCGCAUCUUCGCUUCCUCUCCCUCUUUUUCUUCAACCUCUGAUGUCUCAGAUGUUCUUACACUUCCCGAAGUGGAGAAGAUACUCGCCGACGUUAAAGCUGAUAACGUGACUGUGAUUCCUACACAUAAUCACUGUUUCUGGGCUGAUUUUACGGUCAUCGCCACCGGAAGAUCCGAUUGGCACUUAAGAAACAUCGCUCAAGCAUUAGUCUAUAGGGCCAAGCAAAAGCAGAAAGGAGCUAAACAUGUAAUGCUACCUUCUGUGCAAGGCUACAAUAGCAAGUGGAUUGUCAUUGACUACGGAAAGUUUGUAGUCCAUGCACUUGAUGAGAAAGCCAGGGGUUAUUUCAAUUUGGAAAGCCUUUGGUCUGCUGAAUCAUCUGGUACUGAUACUUCAGAUCAGGAUCUCCAAAACGCUUUUGUAAAGGUCCGACCGAAGAACAAUUCGAAAAGGAAACCGGCUAAAAAGUCUAAAAAAACAAGAAUUUGUCUCGAUUCUUUACCAGAAGAUCUUCUUGUGGAGAUUUCUUCAUGCACCGGAGCUUCUUCCUUGUCAGCGGUUCGUAAUCUCAGAGUAGUUUCAAAAUCGUUUCGACGUAUCUGUGAUGAACGAUACGUUUUCUACCGACUUUCCCUCAAAGAAAUCGAUUAUCCCCCAUGGCAUCAGAACAGUGAAAUAUUCUUCGAGAGAUGUCGCAAGAGUGGAAACCCCGAAGCGUUGUAUCAGAAAGGAUUCAUCAACUACUUUCGAGAUGACCUUAAACACGAAGGACUCGAAUAUUUAGCUGAAGCUGCGGAAAAAGGAAACAGAGAAGCAAAAUAUGUCUACGGGUUGAUUCUAAUCUGUCUUGGCGACAAAACAAAACAAAAGGGUUAUAAGAUCUUGUCUUCUGUUAUAAAACCGUUGAUGUCAACUACAAUGGAGGAGAUGGUGGAACUUCGAUACAAGAUUAAAAAGAUUAGAGACAGCGUUUUGUGGCCUGACAACCCGGUGAUGGAACGACUCAAAACAGUGUACGUUCGAGAGAAGUGCCAGUGCGAUUGUAAAACCAGGAUGUUAUUAGUAAGGAAUCAUGGUUGGUAUCGAUACGGUGAUGACACCGACAUGAAUAUUUCUUCUGCUUGUGAGUUUUGUCUGUUGCAUCACGAAGUUGAACUUUUCUUAAGAUGAUUUAGUGAUCAAUGGAUGUAUUUGUUGAGAUAAGCUUGAAAGAUACUUGAGUAAUAAGUCAUUAAAAUGUUU